UUUUUUUUUCACCAUUGCAGCAGUUGGCAGAGCUGCUCAAGAGCAAAAAGCCGUCAGAUCUGCAGGCAGCCAAUCGGCUCAUCAAGAACAUGGUCAAGGAGGAUGAAGUGAGAACACAGAAAAUGGCGAAGCAGAAAAGCACACUGGAGGCGGCCAAUAACAGUGUCAACCUCCUUAAUGAGAUGCUGGCUUACUUCAGCCUUGAAGACUCCACGGAUGCUGACAGAGAGCUCAUCGGGGAGUUGUGCUCCGACUGUGACAAGCUGAGACAAACAGUGUGUCAGCUCGCUACAGAGACUGAUGAUAACGACGCCAACUUGGGUGACAUCUUGCAGGCCAACGAUGACCUCACCAGUAUAAUUAAUUCUUGCAAGGAAAUUGUGGAAAGCCAAUCCAUAAAUGGAGUGACUAAAACACCAUCAGCAGUCAAACGAGGUACAG